ACUUCUUUGACUCUAGAAGUUCACAAAUGAAAUAAGGAGACAGGUUAGGAGGCAGGAUGCCUGGAUUCUAGACUAGAAGGGGUGGUCUCUCCUGGAGGGGUGAAGCAGAGCCAGGGGUAAAAAACCACACCCUGUGGGGGAACUGUGGCAGACUGAUACUUGGGACACCCAAUGGAAGAUUGUGAGGUCAGGGGCGGAGUUAUUGGGGUAGAGGGUGGGCAGGAGCCCAACAGAAGUUCAGAACAUGCGGUGUUCAGGAGGAAGCUACAACUGGCUUGAGAAUAUGCUGUUCCUUCCUCCCCUUCCCACCAUGGACCUCGAACUGUGGCCUUUGUCUCAGAACCUCUGAGACUGGUACCCAGGCAAGGCAAAAUGCCCCUGUCCCCAACAAGACUGCCUAGCCCCUAUGGCUCUGAUCGGCUGGUGCGGCUAGCAGCCAGGCUCAGGCCAGCACUAUGUGAUACCAUGAUCACCGUGGGGAGCCAGGAGUUCCCUGCACACAGCCUGGUGCUGGCAGGUGUGAGCCAGCAGCUAGGCCGCAGGGGUCACUGGACUCUGGUGAAAGGAAUCAGCCCUUCCACUUUUGCACAGCUUCUGUACUUUGUUUACGGAGAGAGUGUUGAGCUGCAACCUGGGGAACUGGGGCCCCUUGAGGAGGCUGCCAGGGCCUUGGGGGUGCAGUCCCUGGAAGAGGCAUGCAGGAAGGCUCGAAGAGACAGGGCUAGAGCAGAGUUUAGUCAAGGGCUGAAGGAACAUCAGAAGCCAGAGAAACCCACAAGGGAUUCUGAGAGUGGAGUGGAGGACCUUGGAGAGCAGAGACCAGAGAAGUUUAUUAGAGCUGGUGGGAGAGAACAGGAGAUGGUGCAGGAGCACAGGCCACUGAGAGAGAGCUCUGAGAUAGCAGAGGCAAUGCAGGAGGAUCAGAGGGAGCAUAUGAGAUCAGAGGAGAAACUCGACCAAUUCCUUUUUGGCCACAGGGGAGUAGGUGGGAAACAAGAAGUGAUCAUGUGGGUGAAGGAGAGUCCAGGGGGCUCUGAGGAAAGUUUAGGGAAGUUGCCUGGCCCCCCACCGCCACCAGGUUCCCUCCAAACCAGCAUCACCUCUAGGCCCUGGUGGGCUGAGGCCCCUUGGUUGAGGGAGAGCCAGCCUGCCCUGUGGAGCCUCCUGCUAUUGCCGCCCAGAUAUGGCACUCCUUUCUCCCAUAGUACUUCCAUCAGUGCAGCCUGGCAAGAGGUCUGGCCUCAGGAUCAGAGGAUUCCACUGUCCCUGAACCUCCACAAAGGGCUCUGGAGCCAGAAUCAGUUGGCCUUCUCUAGCUCUACCUCAGGUUCCCUCCCCCAGGGCCCCGCGAAGCUCAGCCCUGGGGAGAUGGAAGGGUCUGAUCAGAGGCACACAGGUACACUUGCAACCUGUGUGGGUCAUGUGGGCAAAGCAGGCUGCCCAUCUCGCCAACAGCCUUUCAGGCCUCCUCCUGCUCGGUCCAGGCCCUAUUCUUGUUCUGUCUGUGGAAAGAGGUUUUCACUCAAGCAUCAGAUGGAGACACACUACCGAGUCCACACAGGAGAGAAGCCCUUUUCCUGUGGCCUCUGUCCCCAGCGCUCCCGGGACUUCUCGGCCAUGACCAAGCACCUGCGGACACACGGGGCUGCACCCUACCGCUGCUCUCUGUGCGGAGCCGGCUGCCCCAGCCUGGCCUCCAUGCAGGCACACAUGCGGGGCCACUCGCCCAGCCAGCUCCCGCCGGGAUGGACCAUUCGCUCCACCUUCCUCUACUCCUCCUCCGCCUCUGCCUCCUCGAGGCCAUCAUCCUGGGACUCCACCUCCAAGUAGGUCCCCUGCCUCCUCCACCUGACGGGCUGGCAAUAGCUUCUUUGGCUGCAGCUAAAGAAUGAAAGAUAUAAAGACAGGCCGGCGGGCUGGCUAGGCUUCCGACCCGGCACCCCGCUUUGGCAGUCCAGCGAAUUCGGCUAAGAAGCAUCGCGGGAAGGGCCCCGAGAGCCCUCUCCCGGUGACCAAGGACCGCAGAAGCCUGGACUGGCGAUCCGGUGUGGGGCGAGGGCAGUGAGGUUUGCACAAGUGAAUCUUAACUGUGUGGGGACUGUUGAUUUCAUUACUAAAAUAAAGCGUUGUCUGUGCCUUCCUCUCAGGACAAGAAA